GAUCAUGACUGCGUGCACUGCAGUCAGACAGACCAGUCCCAUAGUCAAUUUCUCGUGUUGGGCUACAGCUACAGUACAGUGCAGUGUUCCCAUUGCGUUGGUUGAGCUAUCCGUUUGGAUUGAAUCAUUGCCCUGUGGCCUUGCUGUUGUUGAAGAUAAAGUUAAUUUUAAGAAGAUUUUAAAACAUGGCUCUACCUGACCACAGAGUGAUUUCUAUUCAAAGUCAUGUUGUCUCGGGAUAUGUUGGAAACAAGUCAGCUGUUUUUCCUAUGCAGGUUUUAGGAUAUGAGGUUGAUGCGGUCAAUUCCGUCCAGCUGUGCAGCCACACUGGCUACAAACAUUUCCAAGGUCAAGUCCUGAACGAUUCUGAUUUGAAGACUCUGUUUGAAGGCCUGAAACUGAAUGAUAUUCAUCGAUACUCACAUCUCCUUACAGGCUACGUAGGAUCGGAGUCCUUCCUGUACGAGGUCAUACGAACAGUCAAAGAGUUAAAAGAAGCUAACGCUUCCAUCACCUACGUGUGUGAUCCGGUGCUAGGUGACGCUGGUCAGUUCUAUGUGCCAAAGGAACUGAUGCCGAUCUACAGAGAUCAACUCUUGCCUCUAGCUGAUAUCAUUACUCCAAACCAGUUUGAAGCAGAGUUGUUAUCGGGUGUAACCAUCACUGAUCAAGAGUCUGCUCUGAAAGCUCUAGGUAUCCUUCAUGAUAAGGGUGUUGCGACAGUCGUACUGAGCAGCUAUGAAUCAGGCAAUGAAGAUUCGUUAGUCACCCUUGCUUCAACACGAAAAGGAAAUGAGAAGAGAGUUUGUCGUCUGGAGUUCCCCCGUAUGAACUGUAUAUUCACCGGGACUGGUGACCUACUAUCAGCUCUCUUACUUGUAUGGACAGAUAAACAUCCAGAUAAUCUAUUGCUUGCCUGUGAGAAAGCUCUGUCUACAAUGCAAGCAGUCUUGAAGAGAACAUUGGAAAGUGCGCAAGCUCUGGCAGGACCAGGCAACAUGCCAUCACCAGCCCAGCGUGAACUACGUCUCAUCAAUUGCAAGAAUGUUAUAGAAAAUCCUCCAACUCUCGUCCAAGGAAAGUACCUAGAUCUUUGAUGACAAUUUUUAUCCAUUUAUUUAGUAAGGAAGAUGAUUUUAAUGAUUUAAAAGUGAAAUAUUUUUAUAUGGAUGUGUAAUAAUGCCCCUCAAAAUUUCGAGGGGUUCGAUGUAAGUGAAGAAUUUGUAGUCUCUUGUUACUCUAUAGAUGUUAAUAUGUACAUGGGUAUUUAUAUGUGGCAGUCUUCUUGAAAAUGUUAGGAAUCAAGAGAUCCAAGAUGUUUAUCAUCUGCUUACAUACAUGUACACACUAAGUCAUUCUCCACUGGCAAUGAAUUAAAGUGAUGGUAGUUAAAAUAAAACACUUUUUUCAUAAUGAAAUGCGCCUAUUUUAAUGAGGGACAUAUUGUAUAUUACACUGUGCUGGGAUCAAAAGACCCUGUACAUAAAUAUUUAAGCUCUUUCUGCCACUGAGAAUAUAUUGAAUGAUGGAAUAAAUAUUUUUAUAUUUUAAAAAAUAUGGUAUAUUGUAGCAAAUAUGGUUUACUAGAGGUUUUAGGCUGUCCGUCCAUGUUGCUUCUGUUCUCAUAAUGAUUAAAGAACCAUUUGAAGGAUCAACUUCAAACUAAUGGAUUGACAGGGCCUAUGCACUAUACAAAAACACCAUACUAUUAUGUAUGAAAUUAGAAUUCUUCAUUUGAACUAUUUGUAAUGUACGUUGAAAUAUGAAAUAGAUGAAUGGAAUCAUUCUUGUACAGGCGUGUGUCAAAGGUGUAUUCAUUGAGUGAAACUUUAGAUUAUGAUUGUAGCCCGAGUGGAUAGAAACCUAAAGAAAGAGAUUUAAUCUCAUCUCCCUCUGUAAAUCAGAAUCAUUUUGGUAAAAUUGAGUUUGGAUAUUUCAUGGAAUUAUUGACUGGGAUUAUGCACAAUAUAAAAGAAAUAAUCCGAAUUUAAUCUGAUGUCCAGGGGGGCGUUUCAUCAACAUUUUUUUCCGACAAGUCAGACAACUUUUCUGGAUUUCGAUUGGCUGAGAAGCACUGUUACUAUGGUAACUGUCGGAUAAAAUGGGAGUUGUCAGAUGAAACGUCUGACAAGUCCUUUCAUGAAACGCUCCCGUGGUAUGUACAGGGUUUUUCUCACACAAGAUGUUUUAUCUUGUUUUUUAUUUAAUAUUAUGGUCUUCACGGUACUAUGAUAGUGCAAACGUUGAAAGGAAACCCUUUUCAGAGAAUAUGACGACAUAUAUGUAUUGAUUACGGGUAAGCUCUUGGUACUGAUAAUAGUAUGACUGAAAUUGCUUAUUUGUUUUGAGACCAAAUACUUAGUGUAUCAUUCAGGCAUAGUAGAUCACACAAACUGUCGAGGCCAGUCGGUAUUACAGUUUCCACAGAAACUGAUGUGUGAAUCUGUCACUGUAAUUUGUAUUCACUUUUAUGUAGAGAUUUACUGAAAGAAAUCCUACGAAGACUAAAAAAUGAUAUGCGAUUUUGUCAUUUCUGUUUUGUGCAAGCCUGCAAGGUAAUUGUACCCAUAAUAAAACUUGACCAAUUUAGGAGUGCAAACUCUUUUUUGACAUGGUGUUCAUCUAUAGAUGCAUGUACUGUUUCAUCUUGUCAUAGAUUUAAAUACGAGUGAGGAAAACUUUAGGUUAUAAAUGAUACAUUAAUUAUUUUGCCUACACUUGAGGAAAUGAUUGAGAAUGUUGGUUUCCUGUUUUAUUAAGUACUUUAUUGCUUUAAAUAUGUAACUUUUAGAUCAUUUUUUAAUGGAAUCAACAGUUAAUAAAUCAUUUUGUUUGGGAAAAAUUUAUAAUUUCUUUGUCUAAUAUUGUUAAGAUAUUAAUAUGAUAGGCAGUUUGGGGUUAUGGUGUAUCUAGUUGGUAGAGUUUUAAUAUUUAUAGUUGAUUUGAUAAUUGUUUUGUGUUUCAUAAAUCAAAUGUCUAGGGAGCACAAUAAAAUCAAAUUCUCAUGAAA